AUGGCACCUACAGAGCAAGCGGCUGAGCCACGGCUUGUACAUACACUGGUCGGCAGUGCGCUGAGCGGUUUGAUCUCCAGACUGCCGUGCCACCCGCUGGACACCAUCAAGUCCAGACUUCAAAGCGCGACUGGCAGCGAGUACCGAAGUACUCUGCACUGCUUUAGAAGAACUUUCGCCGAAGAAGGUAUUCGAGGUCUCUACCGAGGGUUUGGCAUCGUGGCCGUCCUCGGCACUCCUGGCGUUUGCGUCUACAUUUCGACGUACGAGGUUCUGAAGUCCUACAUGGCCCCAGAUGCCACACUGAUGCACCUAGCGCUCGGCCCCUUUUUCAUGCCAUCGGCAUCCAGCUCCGGCGGAGAGGCAGAGGCCAAAGCAAGCGUGUCGAACGGCACGGUGGACGACUCCAAAGAUGAGGGCUUCCAAAGUCUCUGUCGCGUAUGCCGGUCGCAGAACGUGGAAUACACAUCCGAUUUGGUCAUCGUUGCACGCCCGCGGAUGCCAAAGCUGCUUCUUGCGCGGCGGUCAGCCAAAGCGCGAAACCGAUCACCGGAACACCUCCAUUUGGACCGACGGCAGUUGCGCCGCUGCCCUGUCUUGGAGGAGGAAAGCCGACUACGCUUGCUGAACUACCAGAACAAUGCCAUUUCGCGCAUUGAACACCUCGACAACUUGCCCAAUCUCACCUUCCUGGAUUUGUACGACAACAAGAUCCAAGAAAUAGAGAAUUUAGAGAAGUGCAAAAACUUGCGCGUCCUCAUGCUUGGCAAGAAUCAAAUCCAGCGAAUCGAGAACUUGAAGACCCUUCUGAAAUUGGACGUUUUGGACCUGCACAGUAACAGGAUCAAGGAAAUUCAGAACGUGUCACAUUUGAAGCAUCUACGCGUUCUGAAUCUUGCUGGAAAUUUUCUCCCGAACAUCUUCAACUUGGACGGGCUGUCGUCCCUCACUGAACUGAAUAUUCGACGCAAUUCCAUCUCCACAACUGCUGGACUGGACCAGGUGCCGCAGCUGCAGCGACUCUUUGCGUCACACAACAACAUUGGCCUGCCGGAGGAUUUGCGAUGGUUGUCCGCGGCCAGCAACCUUCGAGAGUUGGCCUUGGAUGGGAAUCCAGUUUCUGACCAACCGCAGGCCUAUCAGGUCGACAUCUUGUCCCUGUGCCCGAGCCUGGAAAUGUUGGACAAUCUUAAAGUGGAGGCUCGUAGAUGCAUCCGCCCCACGAAAGCCUCGAAGCCCGAGCGCACGGAACUGACGGGGCUGGCAGCGGCAAUCAGAGAAGAUCUUUCCGCGCCAUGCGGGCAGCCACGAGAAGCGCAGGAGGCGAGGCUCCCGGCCAGCCAAGGCAAGGUCGAAGCCCCGCUCGAAAGCCCCGCGCUCGAAAGCCCUGCGCUCGAAGCACCUGCCGAAGCCCUGGCGCGCCCGGAGCCAGAGCACGAAGUUGACGAUUCCGAGCCACCAGUCGGUAUCCGCAGCUUGGUUAUCUCUCCGUCGCCAUCGGCAGCUCCGCCCUUGAAUCCCGCUGGAGAGGUGGAGGACCUCGACCCCGAACUGGGCGACGCAAGAAGCGCCGUCGGCGCUGUCAGCGCCACAGCGGCAUCGCAGACACCACCUCCGCCGUGGCCAAAAGGGCCUGCACGGGAGCUUGAUGUUUUGCCGGUGCGCGCUUUGCAGGGUCUUGCCAGGCGUCCCAUGACACCAACAGCCCAGCGUGGACUUACAGACAGCAUCACCAUAUCCUCCAUUCGAUCAGGCCGGGUUGUAUGGACAGGUGACAUGCCACUCUCCUUCAAGGGACAGGCGUGCGUGGGUGAUGCGACUAGGUUCAUACUUGAAGGACUUAAGGAUCUAUAUCAUACAUGGAAUGGACCCCUCCUUCUGAAACUAGCAGAAUGGGAAAUGGGAUCCCAUUGCAUAGACAUGACAACGGGAAUUGAAUCGUAG